CUUUCCUCUCGUCGAAUAGCAAGUAAAGGAGUGAAGUGAUCCAGUGAAACAUGAUUGCGAAACUGUUCUUCCUCGCUCUGGUGGGGAUCAGUACUGCCUACCAGUACUCGUACCAGAACGAGUUCAACUACGAACGCCCGGAGAACAAAACCGGAUUCGAAUACGGCGCUUGGGAACCCAACCGUCAGUAUGUCUACAAUGUCACCUCGAAGACCAUGACCGCUCUGCCCGAUCUGGAAGAUAAUUGGACUGGAACCAUUACCCGUGCCUAUCUGGUAUUCCGCCCGAAGAGUCCGGAGUAUGUCUUUGCAUACGUCAAGGAGCCAGAGUACGCCGUUUUCAACGAAUACCUGCCCCAGGGCUACAAUACCGAGCUUUCACAUCACAAAUUGCAGUGGCGCCCGAUGCCAAUGAGCUCUAAGCCGAUUGCCAUCCGCUACAGCAAGGCGACAAUCAAGGGAUUUUACGUCGAUCAAUCGGUCCCAAAUCAUGAGGUCAACGUGCUGAAAGCCUGGCUCAGUCAAUUCCAGCUGGACACCCGCGGUGCACGCAUGGUUGAUUCGAAAUACAAUCAAUUCCCCGGAAACAACUCCUUCACUGGUGUCUAUGAGGUCAUGGAACCGGUCGUAACUGGCGAAUGCAAGACCCUCUACGAUGUCAACGUUGUCCCACCCUACAUGGUUCAAGCCAACAAGCAUUGGGUUCCUCAGCCUCAGCUCCGUGAACAGGGACAAUACUUCUUCCAGGUUGUCAAGACUCAGAACUUUGAUCACUGCAAACAGCGCAUGGGCUACCACUUUGGAUUCAGCGGCUACAGUGAUUUCCGACCCAACACCAACCAGAUGGGCAACGUUGCCUCCAAAUCUGCUGUCUCGAACAUGUACUUCACUGGUACCUGGUACAACUAUACCAUCCAGUCCUCGAACACCGUUAACAAGGUCGCUAUUGCUCCCUCUCUGGUCAACAAGCACAAGGCCCUAGUCUAUGCCGCCGUCAAUUGUACCCUGAACCGAGUUGAAGAAUACACGCAGACCCCAAUUGGACCGGCUGAAGAUCACAAGGUCUUCGUCGAUAUGGUCUACAGCUAUAACAUGCCCAGCGACAAGAAGAACAGUGUGCGCCCUGGCAAUGAAACAUCCUCUUCAUCCUCGUCUUCGUCUUCCUCGGAAUCUAGCUCUUCCAGCUCCAGCUCCAGCUCCGAAUCUCAGGAGGAGAACCCCAAGGUCAGCCCCAUUGAUCAGUACAAGGAACAACUGGAUGAAGUCGAGAAGCGUGGAAACCGCAACCGUCGUGACCUGAAUGCCUACAAAGAAAAGCAGUACUACGAAGCCUACAAGAUGGAUCAAUAUCGCUUGAGCCGCAAAAAUGAUACCUCAUCUGACUCUAGCAGCUCCGACGAUUCUUCGUCCAGCAGCAACUCCUCGGAGUCCCAGGAUCACAAAAAUUCAACCUCCUCCUCCUCUUCCUCCUCUUCCUCAUCAUCCUCUUCUGAAUCCGGUAGCUCAUCCUCGGAGUCCGACUCUUACUCCCUGAGUAGCGAGGAGUUCUACUACCAGCCAGCUCCGGAUAGCUUUAAGGAAGCCCCUCAGACUCCGUUCCUGCCAUUCUUCACCGGCUACAAGGGAUACAAUAUCCAAUACGCUCGUAACGUUGACGGUCAGCGUUCCAUCUACAAACUGGUCCAAGAAGUCGCCGAUGAACUGCAGAACCCAUCUACCCUGCCAAAGUCCAACACCCUGAGCAAGUUCAACAUUGUUUCCCGCAUUUUCCGCACCAUGAACUACCAGGACAUCUACGAUGUUGCCCAGAAGUACUUCGUUUCGCAAAAGGAGCGCAAGGAAGGCGAUUACAAUAGCGAAAAGUUCGCCAAGCGUGUUGACUCUUGGAACUUCAUCCGUGAUUGUCUGGCUGAAACUGGAACUCCAGCAGCCUUCCAGCUCAUCAGGGAAUUCAUCGAGGAAAAGAAACUGCGUGGUCCAGAGGCUGCCAGCGUCAUCUCCACCUUUGCUCAAUCGCUCCGAUACCCAACUGAGUCGCUGCUGCAUGAGUUCUUCCUGCUGACUACUUCCGAUACCGUCCAGCAUCAGGAUGGCUUGAACACAACCGCUCUAUUCACGUACACCUACUUCGUCAACCAGGCUCACGUAAACAACCGCUCGGCCUACAACUACUACCCUGUGUACAGCUUCGGACGUUUGGCCGAUGCCGACUACAAGAUCGUCGCUCACAAGGUCGUUCCAUGGCUCUCGCACCAGUUGCGUGAAGCCAUCAACAAUGGAGACAGUAUCAAGGCUCAGGUCUACAUCCGUUGUCUUGGAAACCUCGGACAUCCAGAAAUCCUGAAUGUGUUUGAACCCUACAUGGAAGGCAAGUACCACGUCAGUGACUUCCAGCGUCUCGCUAUGGUUGCCGCUUUCGAUAAACUGGUAGAAAACUACCCGCAUCUGGCCCGUUCUGUGCUGUUCAAGAUUUAUCAGAACAUUGGAGAUGUUCAUCAAAUCCGAUGCGCUGCAGUGCACCUUCUGAUGCGUGCCAAUCCUCCAGCUGAUAUGAUGCAACGCAUGGCUGAACAUACCCACUUCGAUCCUAGCAAAUAUGUGCGUGCUGCCGUCAAGACUGCCCUGGAGUCAGCUUCUGAAGCCUACGAAUACGAUUACUACAACGGAUUUGCCGAGAAUGCCAAGGCUGCCAUCAAGUUCCUGAACCCAGAAGACUACAGCUUCCAAUACUCGUCGUCGUACAUCCGCGAUUACGCUUUCGAAAAUCUGAACUUGGCUUACCGCAUGUACUACGGACAGGUCGCGGCCGAUGAUCACUACGUACCAAAUGGUAUGUUCUUCCAGCUGCGCAACAACUUUGGAGGUUUCAAAAAAUACACCACUUUCUACUAUCUGUUCUCGAGCAUGGAAUCGUUCUUCGAUCUGAUUGACAAGCAAUACGAUAGCAGCUACUUCCAGGAGGACUACAAAUCUGCUGACUACUACUACAAGUACUACAAGAAGUUCCCGAACAAGAAGAGCGAAUACUUCGAUAAGUACUACAAGUUCCACGGACCACAAAGCGACUACUACCAGAAGUUCAGCAAGAGCGAACACAGCGACAAGGAACCGCAGAAGUACUCGACCACUCGCAUUGCUAAGCUGUUGAACAUCGAUCCACAAGAAGCUGAAGAAUUGGAAGGACAAUUCAUGUUUAAGCUCUUCAACGGAUACCACUUCUAUGCCUUCAAUAACCAAACCAUCGAAAACACACCACAACGCAUCAAGCAGUGGUUCGAAGAUCUGGAAAAUGGAUGGAACUUCAAUCUCACCAAAUUCUACCAGCAGCAGGAAACUUCUCUCUGUUUCCCGUUGGCCACCGGAUUCCCAUUCGUGUACACCUUGAAGACCCCAACGGUGUUCAAGUUUGAAACUCAUGCUCACGUCAAGACCUACCCAAGCAUCCACAAGAACCCAACUGGCCAUCCUGAAAACGAAAACGACGACUUCAUCUACUGGCCCAAGGUUCUGAAUGGAUCGAUCGAUGUCAACUUCCUGUACCAUCGUAUGGAGGACACCAAGAUUGGAUUCCUUACUCCAUUUGACCAUCAACGGUACAUUGCUGGUUACCAGAAGAAACUAUACACUCAUCUGCCAUUCAACGUUGAACUGUCGUUGGACUUUGAAGCCCAUGAAUACGAAUUUGAUUUCUCGCCAUUGAAACCCAAGGAAGACCAGCUGCUAUUCCACCUGAGCUCGUGGCCAUACACCGGAUACAAGGACAUCACUGAAAUGCGUCCGGUCGCUGAAAAUCCGAACUUCAAGAUUGUGCACGAUGACGAUCAGUCUACCAAGUACUUCGAACACACCUUCGGACAGGACUUGACUGGUAUUGCGCUACGCUGCCACGCCAAAUACGAUCAGGAAUUCUUCAACUUUGAACAGUUCUACGAAUUCUACAAGGAAAACGAUUUCUACUCUGCUUUCUUCUAUCCAUUCGCCACUCAACCCUACGAAUACCACCAGUUCAAUGUGUAUUACGACGCUCAGCGCACUGAUGUCCAGAAUUUCAAGUUUUCGGCUCACUACAAGGAAGGAGACUUUGAUCAGGACUUCCAGGAUUCCGAUGUAACGCACCCGAAGGGACGUCACGCCUAUGCCGGAUACUACAAUGAAGCCAACUACGCUCAACCCAUCGUGUUCUCUGCUGCUAGUCAACGCCGUCAGGAGCAGUUCAUCAAGAACGCCGCUGCAGGAAUCCGCAACAGCGAUGUAGGAGUCUUUGACUUCGGAUUUACCUUCGAAGGUAAGAAGCAGAAGGCCGAAUACGUAUUCACCACUGCUUACGCCAGCAGUCCAGUCGACGAGAAGUCUCGAUUCCUGUUCUUCUUCUCUGGUAGCCCAUACUACUCAUCUAAAUACUUCUUUGGAAUGCCAUACGAAGGAAAACAAUUCCAGAUGUGCUUCUCUGCCACCAACGAGUUCCCCAAUGUACCGAAGCUGAACUUCGUGAAUGCUCUGAACCAAAACGAGGACGCUAAUCUGAAAUGGGAGUUUUCGUACGGUGAAAAGUGCCAGGGAGGAGCUCAAUUCUCCGUUAAGGGUAAAUUGCACCAGUCGGACAUGUACCGUCACUAUCUGCGCACGUCGCAAGUUGGCUCGACCUGCAAGGAACAAAUGGACCAUGGAUACUACCAGCUGAAGGAAUGCCAGAACGCCACCCGCCAGGCCAGCUAUUUCGAUCAGUACUUCUUCAAAUUCGACUACAAGAACUUCGACUCCUACUCGCAGAACUUAACCUACAAGUUCUUCAACUUCUUCCAGCAGUUUGCCUAUCCUUACUAUGAAUCGAACUACUUCUACAAGGGCAAGAACAACCAGGGUCAGUUCAACUUCGAGCUGGCUCCGUACGCCGACUACUUCAACGCUUCCUUCUUCGGUCCGGAAUUCGCCUUCAAGGUUGAAAACUACCCGAUCUUCAACUACUACCAGAGAUACUUUGCCUCGGUUCACUCCGAUCUGUCCUUCUUCGAUCGCUUCGCAACCUAUGCCUACCGUGGACAGUACAACCCGUCCUGCGCCGUUUCCAGCAAGUACAUUGCUACUUUCGAUGGAAAGUAUUACGAUUACAACAUGGGUGACUGCUGGCAUGUUCUGCUGCACACUGUGAAGCCUGACUACGAGUACUACCCUUACCAGUCGCACUUCCAGAACUCCGACUACGAAUACCGCUUCAAGAAUGGAUUCGAUGAGGAUCAGCAGGUCAGCAUCCUGGGACGUUCCGGACCAAACAACGAACUGUUCUUCAAGGUUGUCUUGGGACAAUACAAGCAGAAUGACUACAACAUCGACAUCAUCCCUAAUGGAUCUGACUUGCCCAAGGUUUACAUCAACGGAAAGCCACAACAGGUUCAUGAGAAAUACGCUGUUGAGCUGUACACCAACGACAAUGGAGGCGACCAGCCACUGUUCCGUUGCUAUGCUCUGCCAGGAAAGGAAGUGGAAAUCAGCAUCCGCGAUGACGAUCUGAGAAUUGUGUUCGAUGGAUUCCGUGCUCGCUUCUUCGCUGAUCAGUCGUACUACAACAACUUUGUCGGUCUGUGCGGAACCAACAACGGCGAAUACUACGACGAGUUCGUUACCCCCGAUCAGUGCUACUUGCGCAAGCCAGAAUUCUUCGCCGCUUCGUACGCGCUCACCGGCCAGAACUGCACUGGACCAGCCAAGGCUUUCAACUAUGCCUACCAACAGAAGGCCAAGGAGGAAUGUGUCAAGAAGGAGGUCUUCUACGGAAACGUAAUCAACGAGCGGGAAAACUACCGCCAACGCUACCGCUACUACAACCACAACGUUGAAGACAACAGCUCGUCGUCUAGCUCCUCCUCAUCGUCUGAUUCUUCGUCCUCUUCUUCGGAAUCCAACUCGCAUGGUAAAUCCGACAGCUCCAGCGAGGAGAACAACAACAAUAAGAACAAGGACAGCUACAAGGACAGCUACAAGUACAACAACGAGGAUUACCAGAACAACAACAAGGAAUACCACCCACACCGGCAACAGUACACUGUGAAGGAGUGCGAAGUCAAGCACCAGCAUCAGUUCUUCGAGGAGGGUAGCCAAAUCUGCUUCUCUAAGCGCCCGCUGCCAGCCUGCCCAGCCCACUGUAUGGCCACCGACAAGACUCCGAAGUACUUCGACGUCCAUUGCCGCAGCAACGAAGACCCAGCCGCCAAGCUGUACAAGAGCCAGAUCCAGAAGGGUUUCAACCCAGACAUGAAGUCUCGCACCGUCUCCAAGACUGUCAAGUUCAACAUCCCGAAGACCUGUGUCCACAAUCAGUAAAAUGUGUACUACACCAACAAGCUACCCGGACCCCGCCUAAGAAAAAUGUCGAAUCAAAGGCAAGAUAAAGUGUAUAAUUUUUAAGGCAAUAAUCAACUGAA